GUUGAAAUGUUGCAGAAAUUUUCCUUUUCAGUUUCUUUUUUCCACAAGGAAAACAGUCUCGAUCGUUUCACCCUCUGAGUCUCUGAGGCUGAACCUGGUUGUUGUGGUUGAGCCCAACCACUCCACCGUCUUCCCCAUUUCCAGAUCCACACCAACGAGACCCAGCGAGCGGAGCACCAUGGCAGAACCGCCACGGCACCGCACCUCGCCGCCGGCGCUCCCGCACGAGCUCGUCGAGGAGAUCCUCCUCCGCCUCCCACACGACGACCCAGCCUGCCUCCUCCGCGCCUCCUUCGCCUGCAAGGCCUGGGGCCGCGCCGUCUCCCAGCCCGACUUCCGCGGCCGCUUCAUCAAGGAGCACCAGCAUCGGCCACUGCCCUUGAUCGGCUUCCUCCACAACUGGGAGGACGAGCGCGUCCCCCGCUUCCUCUCCACCACCGCCUCGCCCUUCUCCCUCCCCGCCCCGGACCGCGCCUCCUGGCUCGCCCUCGACUGCCGCCACGGCCGCGCCCUCUUCCUCUCCGAGUCCGAGGGAUCUGGUGCUCAGCAACUCCUUGUGUGGGAUCUAAACACGGGCGUCCAGCGGCGCAUACCAGUGCCCCCGCUGCACAGCAGCUACGUGUACAGGACCGCGGCCGUGCUCUGCCCAGCGGACGGGUGCGACCACCGCGACUGCAACGGGGGUCCCUUCCGCGUGGUCUUCGUCUUCACCAUGGUCCGGUGUGUGCUGAUGUGGCCCGGUGUCACGUCGGUGUGCGUCUACUCGUCAGAGACUGGCACGUGGUCCGGUGAACUGGGCAAGAUUAGUCACCAGUUCCACGCGUUGACGUUUACAUGUCAUUCCAGCCUGCUCCUUGGGAGGUCUCUGCUCUACUUCAUGUCCGACGGUGGGUUCAUCCUAGAGUAUGACUUGGCCAGCAACGUCCUGACUGGCUUCGAGACGCCAUACAACAGCAACAAGCAGAUAUUUAACCUUAUGGUGGCGGAGGAUGGUGGAAUAGGAGUUAGCGAAGGCUUCAGUUCCCAUCUCAAACUGUGGUCAAGGGAGGAGAGUGAUGCACAGUGGGUACUUAGCCGGGUCAUCCACCUGCAAAAUUCGCUCCCACCUGCUGCUCUCGUGGAUGCAGAGGCUGAACUGAUGGUAUUGGGAUUUGCCGAGGGAGUGAAUGUCAUUUUCGUUAACACGGUGGCUGGCCUCUUCACAAUCGAGCUACAGUCGGAGCGGGUGAAGAAGGUGUGCGAUGAUCAUGGCUUCUGUAAUUUGAUUCCAGUUGUCAGCUUCUACACUCCCGUGGACCGUCUCGAAUACCAGGACCUGCUGCCGUCGAUCCCUAGUGAGAAUGUAGGUGAUGAGGAGGGGGGAGAGGAGGAGAAAACAGUAGACGAGGCACAGCAGCUACUUGACAAGGGGUCCAAUACUAUCAAGGAGGGUGGCUUUGUCGACGCCGUUGAACGUGUCAGCCAUGACCUCAAUGCCAUGGUUGGGGGUCAUGGAGAAGUUGCUCCAGGGUGUGCUAGCACGUUUGACAAAUAUGAAUGUGCAUACAUAGCUCAAGAGGUGAAUGAUUCUUUGGAUGAUGUUUCCAGGAGUGUAUCAAAUGAAGAAUCGGUGAAGGGCACAUCCAGCAAAGAUGAUGCUGAGGACUCAAAGACCUCUGGUAGCAAUGUGCUAGGCUGAUGGUCAGGCCGGAUGUUCAUCAGUCAUCAGCGCCUUGAGUAGGAUCCUUUUCUUCUCCACAAUUGGGAAACACUUUUGUCAUGGUAUUGUAGUUUAGAUUCCAGACUAAAUGUAGACAAGAAUUAAGGCACCAAAUGGGGAGGCUUUGGCACCCUGAAGAAGUGAAAUAGCGAAUGAUGUUCAAGAGCUGGUCUGAAGGAUAGUGUCGCAACUAGGAUUCUAUGAUGCAAAUUAGCUGCCGAGUGGGGAUCAGGGUCAAUGAUGCCUAACAUUGGAGCGGUUCAGGGUCUGUUAUGUUGUUCUGUACAACGAUGUUUCGAUCUUUUGAGAAACAUUUCAUCUUUGAGAAAUAGGAUAAACAUUAUCUACAUA